GGGGGAGGACCGUAGCCGCCCCGCCCGCCCGGCUGCUGCUCCUCGAAGCUUAGCUUUCCCUGAGCCACGGUUCAUCAGGAGGAAAGAAGCCGAACGAGCGAUGCCACUGGCGGUCUGGCGUUUGACACGGACACGGCGGAAAGCACAGGCACUUGGACGUCUACCAUCUUUAUUUUAAUACGUUGGAUGAUAUUGGCUGUUUCUUCAUCUCUGUAAAUAAUCCGAAUAAAGCGAUAAAGGAUGAACACCUGGGUGAGAAGCCGGAGGAGCGAGAAUAGCCUGGGAGCGGAGCGGGAGCACUUUGACAAGCAGCAGCUCAGCAGUAUCAGCAAAGCCAUCAACUCCACCGAGACACCUGUCAAAGAGAAGCAUGCUCGGCGCAUCAUCCUGGGCACGCACAGAGAGAAGGGGGCCUACACCUUCUGGUCAUACUCGCUGGGGUUCCCUCUGGCCAGCAGCUCCAUCCUCAGCUGGAAGUUCUGCCAUGUGCUCCACAAAGUGCUAAGGGAUGGACAUCGCAAUGUUUUACAAGACUGUAUGAGACACCACAGCAGUCUGGUGGAGGUGGGGAAAAUGUGGGCUCAUCUUCAUGACAAAUAUGGCCAGCUUGUGGGACUCUACACUAAGCUGCUUUGUACCAAAAUGGAGUUCCACACAAAGCGCCACACCAUCCCCCCCAAUCUUGAGAUCACUGACGAGGACCUGGAGCGUGCUGCUGGGACCGAUAUCAACAAUGUGUUCCAGCUCACAGUAGAGGUGUUCGAUUACAUGGACGGGGAGCUGCGUCUGGCGGAGACAGUGAUCCGACAGCUGAACACGUCAAUCGCCAUCUCGAGUCUGACCUCCGGCCAGUGUCGUCUGUCUCCCCUAAUUCAGGUCAUCCAAGACUGCAGCCAGCUCUACCACUUCACCGUCAAGCUCCUCUUCAAACUGCAUGCAUGUCUCCCAGCCGACACACUCCAAGGGCACCGGGACCGCUUCCAUGACCAGUUCCACAGCCUGAAAACCUUUUUCAACAAAGCCAGAGACAUGCUAUAUUUCAAGAGGCUGAUCCAGAUCCCCCGGCUGCCCGAUACCCCCCCAAACUUCCUGCAUGCUGCAUCUCUGGCCAAACACAAGAAGCUGGUGGUGGUGAUCCCAGACCAGGACGAGCAGGAGCAGCCAGACGAUGAUGACGAUGACCCUGAGCCUCUGAUAGAUGUGGGGAGCCCAGCCCCGGUCGCACUUGCAUCACAGCCGUCCGUGGACAUGUUUGACAAGGCGUUCGGACCUCCUAAUGGAGCCUUUGACGACCGAGACCUGCAGAUCGACAACCUGAAGAGGGACCUGGAGUUACUCAGAGCAGAGCUGGAGCGAGUCAAGGCAGAGGCACAGCGGUACAUUACCCAGCUCAAGUCUCAGAUCAACAGCCUGGAGGCUGAGCUGGAAGAGCAGAGGGCUCAGAAACAGAGGGCUCUUCUAGAGAAUGAGCAGUUGAGGAUGGAGCUGGAGAGCACACGCCGCAGGAACGCUGAGCACGAGGGGCUGCAGGUCACCUUUCUGGAGGCUGAGAAGAGAGCCCAGGCCUCUGAGCAGCGCUACAACAUGCUUAAGGACAAGCACACAGAGCUGGUGGCCAGUCAUGCAGAGCUGCUACGGAAGAGUGCAGACACAGUGAAGAUGCUGUCAGUGACCCAGCAGACUCAGGAGGAGGUGGAGCGCACCAAACAGCAGCUGUCUUUCGAGAUGGACCGCAUCAGACAGGAGGCUGACAUGAGGAUGGAGGAACAGAAGUUUGAGAUGGACAAGCUGAGGAGGGAACUGGAGGAGAAGAGAACAGAGAUGAUGCGAAUCAAGUCAUCUCUUCAGAACACGGAGCAGGCAUCGGAACAAAUGAGUAGUUCCAUGUCAGCUCUGCAGGCAGAGAAAGAGCGUCUGAUGCGCUCUGUGAGUGAGAAAGAGGCCGAGCUGUCAUCCCUCAGACAGUCUGCUCAGCUCCAGCAGUCCUCACUCCAACAGGAGAAAGAGAAGAGCAGCAGGGAGCUGGGCGAGCUGCAGAGCAAACUGCACCAGAAGACGAGUCAGGAGGAGCAGCUGAAGCAGAAGCUGCUGGAGGAGCAGUUUGCUCUGCUGCAGGGAACCGUUAGCGAGGCUGAGAACAUCAUCCAGGAUGCUGUGGCCAAGAUCGACGACCCUCUGCACAUCCGCUGCACGAGCUCGCCAGACUACCUCAUCAGUCGGGCAGAGGCAGCCCUCAGCUCCAUCGACAGCCUGAAGAGGGGUCAUUCAGACUACAUGCGAAACAUGAGUGAUGCUGGAGGAUUAGUGAGAGCAUUGACCCAGUUCUCCCACCUAACUGCGGACACAAUCGUGAACGGCAGUGCCACAGCUCACAUGGCCCCCACCGACCACGCAGACAGACUGACAGAGAACUGCAGGAGCUGUGCCACUCAGAGUCUGCAGUACCUCCAGGACCUGAAGGCCAAAGUGUCUCUGCAGAGAGCUGACCCUGCCUCAGUCAGAAUUAUCAUCCAGAAGAUCCUGCACUUAGGACAGGAGCUGCGUCCCAAAGGCAUGGAUGUGCGACAGGAUGAGCUGGGGGACCUGGUGGACAAAGAGAUGGCUGCCACAUCAGAGGCCAUAGAGGAAGCUGUGCGCAGGAUCGAUGAAAUGAUGAACCAGGCCAGAAAAGACACUACAGGAGUGAAACUGGAGGUCAAUGAGAGAAUCCUGAACAGCUGCACAGACCUGAUGAAGGCCAUUCGUAUGCUGGUGAUGGCCUCCACAGACCUGCAGAAGGAGAUUGUGGAGGGUGGGAGGGGAGGAGCAUCUAUCAAAGAGUUCUACGCCCGUAACUCGCGCUGGACCGAGGGGCUGAUCUCUGCAGCCAAGGCUGUGGGCUGGGGGGCCACUGAGCUAGUGGACUCUGCAGAUAAAGUGGUUCUGCACACAGGCAAAUAUGAAGAGCUCAUUGUGUGCUCACAUGAGAUCGCUGCCAGUACUGCACAACUGGUGGCUGCUUCCAAGGUGAAAGCUGACCGCAGCAGCAAGCGCCUUUCCACACUGCAGCAGGCCUCGCGCUAUGUCAACGAGAUGGCUGCCAACGUGAUGGCCUCCACACGGACGGGCCAAGAGAACCUCGAGGAAAAAGAUACCAUGGACUUCUCAGGGAUGUCUCUUAUCAAGCUCAAAAAGGAAGAAAUGGAAUCACAGGUGAAGGUUCUGGAGCUGGAGUCUCUGCUGGAGAACGAGCGGCUGCGUCUAGGUGAGCUCCGGAAGAAGCAUUACGAGGUGGCAGGAGUCCCUCUGGAACAGCUCAGCGACGACAACGGCCUUGGCCCCAUGGCCCCCGCCUCCCCCAAAGCCUCUAAACCUGCGCUCAUGAAGAAGCCCAUUGUAGCUCAGAAGCCUAGCAUCGCACCCAAGAACAUGUUCAAAUAAAGACCUGGCUCCAUGAACAUGCUGAAGAGUUGGGUCUGUCUGACAAAGAUCAUCCAUUUUAUUUGUAUUUUUUAAUGUUUUGCUGACAAUCCUGACAUCGAAGUCCUAAUUUUUGCCAAAACUCAUCUGAGAAAUCACCAGACCUUUUCAAAUGUGACACUUCAAAUGCAUCUGUACCUAUUAUUUUGGCAUUAUAAACAUCUUUACUUCUUCUAAGUUUAAUUUUUAUUAUAUUAUGAAACUUUAAAAAAAAGAUUUUGAACACUACUGCUUUUAAUAAAUGAGAAGAAUUAACUACUUAAGUGGCUGCAGCGCCUUGGCCUAGUGGAAUUUUGGACCUUUUGUCACACUGUAUUAAAGCUGAAAGAUGUCUUAUAUUUUGCUGGAAAUCUUGAACAUACCUCUGCCUAUGCCUUUAAUCUGACAUGACAGAUCAGAGAGCUUCAAUGUGCUGGAGUGAUGUGAGCAGCUCAGACAGUAUGGAUGUGCAGUGAGUGAAUGUUUGGAGUGAAGUCAUGUGUUAAUCUGCUCAAGGUGAUGCAUCAAACAGGGUUGCCCCCUUUCAUUUCCUCUUCUUUGCUCUGUAUGAAUUAUGUCUCUUUAUAAGCUCAGAUCGGUUAAUAUAUUUUAGUAAAGAUAAUGGUGGUUUCUCAUUGUACCAAGUGUAAAUGUCAAAUAAAAUAUAAAUGUUUGAUUUGA